AUGUCACAGCCUCAGUCCAUCACGUCGGGAUCGCCCAGCACCCGAGCGCGGCCUCAACGAGUACGAGUACUCGCAUGUGUGCUCUGUCAGCAGCGCAAGGUCAAAUGUGACCGAAAGUUUCCCUGCGCAAAUUGUCUUCGGUUCGGGAAGGAAUGCACCCCAGCGACAGUGACACCAAGGCGCCGAAGCCGUCGAUUCCCGGAGCGAGACUUGUUAGAUCGGAUUCGCAAGUAUGAAACGCUACUCCGCAAGAAUCAUGUCGAGUUUGAAUCUUUGAAGAGUGCAGCUGCAGCAGAAACAACAUCCCUGGAUUCUGCACCUGUUGAGAGUGCUGAGAGUGACGAUAAUUCGGAUAAUGAGGACGAGCAUGGCGGAAUCCCAACCACGCCGAAAGAGGCUAGCGAGGGGAAAAACUUAUGGCAUGUUCUCAGGGAGCAAUGGAAAUUACAAUCAUCGGAUCACAACGGCGAGACCAUCCAUGAUGCAGUGAACCAGGCUGGAAUCAGACGAGCCAUGGACCAGGUCUAUGUCAACAAUGACCAUUUACUCUUCGGUCUACGACACACGCCUGUUGAACUGUCAACCCUUCAUCCCAAUCCAGUUCAGAUUUUCCAACUCUGGCAGGUUUAUUUGAACAAUGUUGACCCCCUACUCAAGGUCACACACACCCCUACUCUGCAAGGGCGCAUCAUUGAGGCAACUAGCGAUCUCGUUAAUGUGACUCCAGAUCUUGAAGCGCUAAUGUUCAGUAUCUAUGCCAUCUCAGUGAUGAGCCUUACCACCGAAGAGUGCCAGGCCAGCUUCAAUUCCUCCAGGGAUGAAAUGCUGUCCAAAUAUCAAUUUGCCUGUCAGCAAGCGUUGCUUAACUCCGAGUAUCUGCGUACAAAUGACCGUGAAUGCCUGGCUGCCUUUUAUCUCUUUCUCCUUUCAAUCGGACCCAAUACCGAUCCUCGCUCUCUCUCAUCCAUGUUCGGAGUUGCGAUGCGUAUUGCAAAUCGGAUGGGUAUCCACAAUAACUCCACAGUAGUAGACAGCCCACCCUUUGAAGCUGAAAUGCACCGCAGGCUCUGGUGGGCUCUGAAGCUCAUCGAUAGCCGUAUCGGCGAGCUGAGCGAGUCUAAAACGGUCGCUUUGGAUCCAACUUGGGACUGCAAAGUCCCCCUCAACGUCAAUGAUGCCGAUCUUCGCCCGGAGAUGAAAGAUAUACCGUCAGUUCAAAGCCAGACAAGCGAUGCUAUUUUCGUGGUGGUUCGAUGUGUGCUGGGGGAUUUCAUUCGGCACGCCGAAUUCCAUCUUGACUUCACCAAUCCGCCAUUGAAAUCCAUCGUCAAGGGGGCUCAACGGGGCCUCGUUCCGGAAAACUGGAGUAUGGUCGCGGUCGAAAAACUGAUUGAAGAUAGAUACCUCAAGUCUUGUAAUGCCGAUAAUCCCCUCCAUUUGAUGACGCUAUGCAUGGCCCGAAUCCAAUUAGCAAAAAGCCAUCUGCUUGAACAUUACUGGAGAUAUUCUGAUUCCCCAGAAGCUCCGACAGAUGCACAGCGAGAUAUAAUGAUGCGUCAUGCCCUGACUGUGCUGGAAUGUGACAGCAAGGUCAUGAGCUCCUCUUUAACGAAGGGAUAUCGUUGGAUUCUUCGUUUCUACUUCCCGUUCCCCGCCUAUGUCCAUAUUCUACAGGAUCUACACAAACGUCCCUUCUGCAAUCAAGCAGAGAAGGCCUGGCAGGUUUUGAGCAAUAAUUUCCAAGUACGCGUGAAUGUUCCGGAGGCUCGUGAUGGCCCUUUCUUCGAUAUCUUCUCCAAAAUCGUUCUUCCGGCAUGGAAGCAGCGGGAGUCCUCAUCGAAUUCGAAGAACAGAGAGACAGCAAUACCCGAUAUUGUUUCUAUCAUCAGAGAAAGAGAGAUUCAAAAAUCCGCAGCAGCUCAGACUGCAACAGCUGAGCAACUGGAUAAUAUUUCUGGAAUGAACCUGGACGAAUUCCCGAUGGCUAUCCCGAUGGGCCUUGGCAGCAUUCCAUGUGGCUUGGGAGGCCAGUAUUUCCACCCAGGUGCUGGAUUUGGUAUGCAGUCCCAAUAUGAGCUUGACAGCGGUGCGAGUGCAAUCCCCUUAGCAGGGCUGGAUUGGACCUUUGGCGGACCCGCCGCUUGGUGA